AUACACUAUUCCAAGAAAGAAUCCACUGGGAAAAAAAAAGACAAUCAAAAGGCCCCAAAAAAAAAAAACAACAACAACAACAAUAACAUUGUGCCAUAACCAAACUUCAGUACCCUUCUUGCUCCAGAUUAGCUCGACAAUGGACUUCAAUGCCUCUACAAAUCCAAGGAACAGAGCCAAGAACAGAGUCUUCCCGAAAGCUUUCGAAUUCAAUCACAGGAAGAGCCCUUCAUUCUCUUCCUCGUCGUCGUCGAACUCCUCCUCCUCUUCAUCCCGGUACUUCCCCGACGACUCCUCAUCCGGGUCCCCUCUCGGCCCCUCAACCCCGCUAAGGUUCUCUUCCGGGGUCCCAUUCUCAUGGGAAAAGCUUCCCGGGAUCCCGAAGAGGCAAACGUCCUGCAAGAAGAAUGACUCUACCUCGUCUCUGAAGCUCAGCAGCCUCCUCCCCCUGCCUCCUUCCGUAACUCCGAAGAAGCAUGGCGACCCGGGAGAAGGUUCACUCAGGAAGAAGAGCUGCCCAGAGUGGGACCCUUUUGUUGCCGCCCUGAUGGAAUGCUCGAAGGAUGAUGCACACCGCCACCGCCAUGAUCAAGAGGAGGACCCGGCUGGGAGCCUGUGGAUUGGUGCUAAGGUCACGAGAAGCAUCAGCGAUCGAUUCGGGUUUAUCGGCCUCUAUGCUUCCUGCAAGAGUACCUGCGCAGUUAAUGAGUCCAUCGUCUAUGUACCGCCGAGACCGAGAAGAACCUCAGCAACCACAACCGCAUACCGUCUCAUCAAGUACCAUCCCCAUGGAUCAGUAGAUAAGUGAUCACCCAUCACCAUCAUUAUCACCCUCAUCAUAUGAAAGCCUUUUUUUUUUUUUUGGUUGCGAUAUUCCAUGAAUGAACUGCUCCGUUGUUAAACUACCUGUCUUUGCUCAUGUGCUUUGCUGUGAUGUUCAUGUGAGGACACAAGUACAACAACAACCUGUUAUGUACUAUUGAAUCAUGUUUUGUUUUCUAAGUUAUAAUUGUCUUUGUAAUUAAUUAAGAAUCAGAGAAGAACAACGAAGAACAGUUUUAAAUUAAUCUUCAGCUCAAGUUCUGUGUGGUAUUCGCUGGAAUUCAUGUGGUGGCGUGUUUGGUUA